UUCUAAGUCUUGGAUUAAGGACCUGGCUCUAAGUCCUGGACUUAAAGACUUGAUUCUAAAUCCUGAACUUAGAAGCCUUGUUCAUAAGUCCAAAUCUAGAACUUUAGAAGAUACUAUAGAUGUUCUAAUUAUUUUAAAAAAAUACUUGUAUAACAGAAAACAAACUU